AUGUCUUCCUCAUCAUCGUCAUCGACGUCGAAUAUACAGAAAAUCAAAAAACUCUUUAAGCUCAAAUCCCCAUCUUCAUCACGCUCCAACUCGCGCUCCACAAGCAUAUCCACAAGCCCAUCCAGUACCUCUCUCAACUCUCCCCACCCCUCACCCACAUUCGACUCCAAACCACGCAUCCAAUCCUCUUCAACCAUAACAUCCAUCACCUCCUCCCAUUGCUCGCAUUCCUCCUAUCCCACCUCACGCAAAGGAUCCACAUCUGGACUCUCCACCUCUGGCCUCUCCACCGCCGCCGCAUUCUCCCUCUCUUCCUCCAACCACACCAUCCUCGAAGACUCCCGCAAUUCCAUCGACUCUCGGAAUCGCAUCGCGGGUCUGGGACUCCGCGGAAGCGGGAUCAGCAUGGGAAUGGGUGGUGCGACAACGAGGUGUAAUAGUCUGUCGUCGAUGAUCUCGAUUGGAUCGUUGGAGAUUGAGAAGACGGAGACGUUUGGGGUCGAGAUUGAGGAGAGGAGUGUGGGGGAUUCGGAUUUGGAAAUUAGGAAGGAGAGGAGGAGGGGGAAGGUGUGGGAGGGAGAAUUGGGGGAGUGGAUGUGUUAG